CCAGCACUUUCAAAGUAUGAUUCUUGCCGGCACUCGAAUCCUUUCCUGUUAAUCUCAUAUGCGAUAUUGUCAUAUUUAAUAAUUCGCACACUAGUUUCCAACUUAAAAAAUUACAAAAACUUCAUCGUAGUUGCCGCAAAGCGGCUGCGAUUAAUGCUCGCAGUUUUCACAACAUCGUUAUUUCCUCCGAAUCAAACACUACAACAUAUAUAUACAUGUUAUUAUCCACUUCUGUAUCAUCUCUUUGUGAGCUCAGCUAAAUCUGAAUCACCAGAUGUCAACUAACCAGAUUCUGAUGCUCACCGGGUAUUUUCUCAUAGGCGUGGCUCUAUUCUUUGCCCUAAUUCUCUGGUUUGGGAAAAAGAAGAAGAAGAAUAAGAAAGAGGCAAAAAAUGACGAUGAAAGUGCUUUAACGAAGCCAAUGGACCAACUAAAAGGUACGGCGAGCAAAUCUGAAAGCGGUGGUGCAGUUUCUUCGCAAUCUCUUGUGGUUGUUGGGAGUUCAGAGGCGAUGAAUGGGCUAAAAUUUGAGGAGUUGCUGAAAGCUCCGGCGGAGUUGCUUGGAAGAGGAAAGCAUGGGAGUUUGUACAAGGUGAUGUGUGAGAAUCCCAGGAUGAGCUUGACUGUGAAAAGGAUCAAGGAUUGGGGAAUAACAGGCCAUGAUUUCAAGGAGCGAAUGGAGAGAUUGAGGGAAUUGAAGCACCCAAACGUGCUGCCUGCACUUGCCUUUUACUCUUCCACCCUAGAAAAGCUUUUGGUGUAUGACUAUCAGCAAAACGGGAGCCUUCUCGGACUUGUACAAGGCAUCCAGAUGGGCAAAGCCUUUGAUUGGAGUAGAAGACUUAGCGUUGCAGGCAGCAUAGCCGAUACCUUAUCUUUCAUGCAUAAUGAGCUUAAAGAAGAUGGAAUUGCUCACGGAAACUUCAAAUCCUCAAACAUUCUGUUCAACCACAACAUGGAGCCCUGCAUUAGCGAGUAUGGCCUAAUGUCAUUGCCAGCAGAGGCAGCCAUCUCAGAACCCCAACAAAACCCCUUCAAACAAGACAUCUAUGGGCUUGGAGUGAUCCUUCUGGAGCUGCUAACGGGGAAGAUGAAUAUGAUGAUGGCCCAGAACAAUGGACAAAACCUGGCUAGUUGGGCUCUUGGUGUUCUUAGAGAAGAAUGGACAGUGGAAGUUUUUGACAGGGCUUUAAUCCAAGAAGGAGCAAGCGAGGGAAGGAUAGUUGGUCUGCUGCAAGUGGCUGUGAAAUGCGUUAAUCCUUCCCCGGAGGUCCGGCCUAGCAUUCACCAAGUUGCUACCAUGAUUAGAAGCAUUCAAGAGGAGGAAGAGAGGUCCAUAGACUCUUCUCAAAUUAAAGCUUCACAACGUGACCACUACGACAAAAACUUGUGUGAGGAUCCGUGAGGCAAGUCAGAUUGUAAACAGCUGGGUGUGUAAGUAUCACAAAGUGACUGUACAUCAGCUCACCAUAGUGUGUAUGUAUUAUGUGUACCUAAGAGUUGAAACGCAUCACAUUAUAGACUUGCAGAAGGAUGCCAUAAACUCUAAUGUACUAUUUGUACCAUAGUCUUUAGUAUCAAAUUUAAUUUAAGUUUAUCUUA